CGUGUAAAAGCUCUCGUUUUAGGACUGGUCGAUGAGCCGUCCACUUUCUUCGCGGUUUACAAGCACAGAAAAAGAAAAGAGAGGAAGAGCGGAUGCUAGAAAACUCCAUGCAGCAACGGCGAAAUUCUCCUGAAUGACUGGAUCCUUCCUCCAUUAAAAUGCCUUCAAAGGACAGGAUCGCCUACUUCUACGACGGAGAUGUGGGCAAUGUUUACUUUGGUCCGAAUCAUCCUAUGAAGCCACAUCGUCUUUGCAUGACACACCACCUUGUACUCUCGUAUGACCUUCACAAGAAGAUGGAAAUAUAUCGGCCGCACAAGGCAUAUCCUGUUGAGCUUGCUCAGUUCCAUUCAGCAGAUUAUGUUGAGUUCUUGCACCGGAUUACUCCUGAUACACAGCAUCUGUUUGCAAGUGAAUUAGCAAGAUAUAACCUUGGCGAGGAUUGCCCUGUGUUUGAGAACUUGUUUGAGUUUUGUCAAAUUUAUGCCGGUGGCACAAUUGAUGCUGCUCGCAGAUUGAACAAUCAACUCUGUGACAUUGCCAUAAAUUGGGCUGGGGGUUUACAUCAUGCAAAGAAGUGUGAGGCAUCUGGGUUUUGUUAUAUCAAUGAUUUAGUCUUGGGAAUUCUAGAGCUCCUCAAGUAUCAUGCUCGUGUUUUAUAUAUCGAUAUAGAUGUGCAUCACGGUGAUGGAGUUGAAGAAGCCUUCUAUUUCACUGAUAGGGUGAUGACUGUUAGCUUUCACAAGUAUGGUGAUAUGUUCUUUCCUGGCACAGGUGAUGUUAAGGAAACAGGAGAAAGAGAAGGGAAGUAUUAUGCCAUAAAUGUCCCACUUAAGGAUGGAAUAGAUGACACUAGUUUUACUCGGCUUUUUAAAACAAUUAUUGCCAAGGUUGUCGAAACGUAUCUUCCAGGUGCUAUUGUUCUUCAAUGUGGGGCUGAUUCACUUGCAGGGGAUCGCUUGGGCUGCUUCAACCUCUCCAUUGAUGGUCAUGCUGAAUGUGUCAGAUUUGUGAAGAAAUUUAAUUUGCCCCUAUUGGUUACUGGAGGUGGAGGAUACACGAAAGAGAAUGUAGCUCGUUGCUGGACUGUUGAAACUGGAGUUCUUUUAGAUACAGAGCUUCCAAAUGAAAUUCCAGAUAAUGAGUAUAUUAAAUAUUUUGCCCCAGAAUUUUCCUUGAAGAUUCAGAAUGGCAAUAUAGAGAAUCUGAAUAGCAAGUCAUACCUUGGCACAAUCAAAAUGCAAGUCCUGGAAAGCUUACGGUGUAUCCAACAUGCCCCUAGUGUACAGAUGCAGGAGGUUCCUCCCGACUUCUAUAUUCCUGAUUUUGACGAAGAUGAGCAGAAUCCUGAUGAACGAGUGGACCAGCACACACAAGAUAAGCAAGUCCAGAGAGACGAUGAAUAUUAUGAAGGUGACAAUGACAAUGAUCACAAUAUGGAUGAUGCAGUGUAAAGCUAAACCUUUACACACCAGUUUUUUUUUUUUGGGUGUAGAGCUGAUUGCAGCCAUUGAUGUUAGCUUUUGAUUUUCAAUUUCUAGGUGAUAAUUUCUCAGAUUAAACAUUCAGCUGUAAAUAUUUCUGAUCAUUACUUUUUCUUUUUGCAAAUCUUUUAAUGUUGAGGCGACAAUUUCUGCAUUCUGUAAAAACUACAUUUAACUAAGGCCUGUCUAAAAGAGAGUUAAUCUCAUUUUAGUUAAUUGUAAUUUAUAUCUUAGAUA